AUGGAUGGAUUUUCUCUUUUAAAUCGAAUCUGAACCAGACGUGCUGCUGUCCACACUGCAGACCUCUGGCACGGUGGAUGCGUGGUGGCUUAUCUGAUCGGGAAGCGAGCAUCUCCGUCUUCCCUCCUUCUCCAAAGCUCAACAACACUUGGCCGCAUCUCCGACCUAGCUUCUCGCCAUAUCUCUCUCAACUCCUCCGCAACACCAAGUGGCACUCGGCAGUCGCAGGCUUGACAUACUUUUUGAUUGAUUUUUAAUUUUCAUUCUGCGUUCCGAGAAAGCUACUCCACGCUCUACUUCGCCAGCCAUGGCAGCGACUGGCUACUCAAUAAACGUUAACGAUCCGACCUUGAUCUCUCUCGUUAAUAAAUUGCAGGAUGUUUUUGCGACAGUGGGGGUUCACAACCCCAUCGACUUGCCGCAGAUUGCCGUCGUCGGAUCACAGUCCAGUGGAAAGAGUUCUGUUCUAGAAAAUAUCGUCGGACGGGAUUUCCUCCCUCGUGGUUCCGGAAUCGUUACUCGAAGGCCGCUCGUUCUGCAGCUCAUCAAUAGACCAGCGAGUAAACCGCAGUCGAACGGGGUUAAGGAAGACAAACUUGUUACCACGGACAGUGAGGCGAAUCUAGACGAGUACGGCGAAUUCCUUCACAUUCCUGGGCAAAAAUUUUAUGACUUCAACAAGAUUCGCGAUGAGAUCGUUCGUGAGACCGAAACCAAGGUCGGCCGCAAUGCCGGUAUCUCUCCUGCCCCAAUCAACCUGCGUAUCUAUUCUCCGAACGUCCUCACCCUGACGUUGGUCGACUUGCCUGGUUUGACUAAGGUUCCUGUUGGAGAUCAACCAAAGGAUAUCGAAAGACAGAUCAGGGAUAUGGUUCUGAAGUAUAUUGGAAAACCCAACGCCAUCAUCCUCGCAGUUACUGCGGCGAACCAGGAUUUGGCCAACUCGGACGGUUUGAAGCUCGCGCGUGAGGUGGACCCUGAGGGACAGCGGACAAUCGGUGUGUUGACCAAGGUUGAUCUUAUGGACGAGGGGACGGACGUCGUGGAUAUUCUUGCAGGCAGGAUCAUUCCUUUGCGUCUUGGAUACGUCCCGGUGGUCAACCGGGGCCAGCGUGAUAUUGAGAACAAGCGGCCGAUUUCCUACGCCCUAGAACACGAGAAGAACUUCUUCGAGGGCCACAAGGCCUACCGGAAUAAAUCCUCAUACUGCGGAACGCCUUACUUGGCAAGGAAACUGAAUCUGAUUCUCAUGAUGCACAUCAAGCAAACCCUUCCGGAAAUCAAGGCCAGAAUUUCUUCAUCGCUCCAGAAAUAUACGGCCGAACUGUCGCAACUCGGAGAUUCUCUUCUUGGCAACAGCGCCAAUAUCGUCCUGAACAUUAUCACAGAAUUCUGCAACGAGUAUCGCACGGUGCUGGAGGGUAAUAACCAAGAAUUGUCCAGCGUGGAACUGUCUGGUGGUGCCCGUAUCAGUUUCGUUUUCCACGAACUAUACUCAAACGGUAUCAAGGCUGUGGAUCCUUUUGACCAGGUGAAGGACAUUGACAUCAGGACAAUCCUUUACAACUCCUCUGGUUCAUCCCCCGCUCUGUUCGUUGGAACGACCGCCUUUGAGUUGAUCGUGAAGCAGCAGAUCAGGCGAUUGGAAGACCCCAGUCUGAAGUGCAGCUCCUUGGUCUACGACGAGUUAGUUCGCAUUCUGGGCCAGCUCCUUAACAAACAACUAUUCCGGAGGUACCCCUUGCUGAAAGAGAAAUUCCACAUGGUAGUCAUCUCUUUCUUCAAGAAGGCCAUGGAGCCAACAAAUAAGCUCGUCAGGGAUCUGAUAGCCAUGGAAGCUUGCUACAUCAACACCGGUCACCCUGAUUUCCUCAAUGGACACCGUGCCAUGGCUAUUGUUAAUGAGCGUCACAUUGCCGGUAAACCCACACAAGUGGACCCCAAAACGGGGAAGCCUCUACCCCAGCGGGCUGCCAGUCCAACAGUGGAAACCACGGACAACAGCGGCUCUGGUGGGUUUUUCGGAAGCUUUUGGGCAUCGAAGAAUAAGAAGAAGAUGGCUGCUAUGGAACCCCCGCCACCGACACUCAAAGCAUCUGCUACGCUGUCAGAGCGUGAGAGCACAGAGGUUGAGGUUAUUAAGCUCCUCAUCACUUCGUACUUCAACAUCGUGAAGCGAACCAUGAUCGACAUGGUUCCAAAGGCCAUAAUGUAUAACUUGGUCCAGCACUCCAAGGACGAAAUGCAGCGCGAACUACUAGAGAACAUGUAUCGCAAUGCUGAACUCGAUGACCUCUUGAAGGAGAGCGACUACACCGUCCGCCGACGAAAGGAAUGCCAGCAGAUGGUCGAAAGCCUAUCGCGGGCCAACGAGAUUGUGUCCCAGGUUCAGUAAAGUCGGAAUGAAAACCAUGACCGCUCGCAUUCCGAUUCAUUCGAUGGUAAUGAUGUAAAUGGUUUCGGUCGGAGGUGUGACUGUCCCUUUCCGGUUUUGUGGAUCUUUAUCUUAGCAGGAGUUGACUUCAGCUUCACCUUCAUAUUAUAACCUUGCCUAUAUUUUGUCAAGAGGAGCUUGUUUAGUGCUAUGACUUUGUAUCUUUUUCUUUUUUUUCUUUUUUUAUUUCUGGGCUAUGACACUUUCUUUUGUGCUAUCUUUACGUUGUCUUUCGAUAUUCCCUCGUCUAGAAUGCAGGCCAGAUUUCCUUAUUGUCUUUUUCUGUGUUCUGUUUGCCUAAGGAUGCGCGUUUUCUCGGUUUAUUCUUCAGCGCCUUGGUCUGACGAUGGUUAAAACUUGAUAUCCUUCUGGCCUGGCACUGUAUUUACUAUCUGGCAUGCAGUUGAUGAGCUGGAUGAGCCAAGCAUGGAGCUGUAGCUUGGGUAGCCAAGAUGCUAGUUCCUUACGAAGACGAACUACUUGAUAUUGAGAUGUCAUGGCAGAGUCCAGUAUUCCAUCUGCAUUAGUUACCCUCAGCAGCAGUCAGCUGUACAUGUCCAGCUGACCGAGGGGAAGGAUGAGAUGAUGAAUUGCCUUUAAUUCACCAGCGGGCACAUGUACUGCAGUUCAGCCACAUAUGUCUUAUCAGUUCUAAAGCAAGGGUAUAGCUUGACAGAAGAAGUUGUUAACACAUCAGUAUUGAGCCAUGAAGUGGAUAGAUGUUCAGGGGCUAGCAGAGCACGUGCUUGCUGAACCCCUAACCUGGUCAUGAUCACAUUCCUUUGUACCUCACACAUAGGCCUACAAAUUCACAGAUCAGAACCCAUCCUCCU